AUGGACAAUAUUCGCGAGGAGCUGCUCGCGCAGUUCGUCGCCAUAACCAACACUUCUUCUGUCAACAAAGCCGAAACAUAUCUAGGCCUCACCGAAUGGAACCUCGAGCAAGCCAUCGAGCUGUUUUUCGCCAACGAUGGUGCUGAUUUGAGCUCUACCGUUGGUGGUACUUCGUCCUCCACUUCCGCCGCUGCCCCACCACCUCAGCCAGCUGCCGCUCCUGCAGCUUCCACAACACAUCACCAGCCGUCGUUGGCACAUCAGGGUAGAACUAGUAGUGAUGCUAUAUCUGUUGAUGACGACGAUGACGAAGAUAUGGAAACGGCAAGAGCCAUUGCGGCUGCAUCCGAACCGACUAUAGGGAAUAUAGGAGGAAUAAGUGGCGGAAAUGUAGAAGUUUACGAAGACGAUGAAGCUAUGGCUAGGAGGUUACAAGAAGAGCUAUAUGCCGAAGCUGGGGGUAGUGGAAGCCGGAAUGCUGCUCCUUCUUGGAGGGAAGAGGAUAUGGAUGGUGUUCGAGCUCCUAUGGCUCGAACUACAGAAACUUUAGUCGGGCCCGGCGACGAUCACAUCAGGCGGAUGGUUGAGCAUAGAAAUCGAACAGCGGGAAGACCACAGGGUCGUGGCCCAGUCGGCAUCUUCAACCAGCGUGUUCCCGAUGAUCCGUUGGCAUUUGGCGACUCUGAUGCGCAGGUAACACCCGCUCAGCGUCGCCGCGCCCUUGCCCAAGCUACCAAUGGCGCUUCGAAUGUCUCUAGUCGAGCUUCUCGUCUCGCCGAGCUUUACACUCCACCGUUCGAAAUUAUGACUCGUGCCGACUUCUCAAGCGGUCGAGAUAUCGGUAAAGAACGUCUCAAAUGGCUCAUGGUCAAUAUUCAAGAUAGCACGGUUUUUGACUCCCAGGUCCUCAACCGUGAUAUUUGGAAAGACCCCGCAAUCCGUUCUACCAUCCAAGAAAAUUUUAUUUUCUUGCAAUACGCCAAUGAUUCAGUGGAUGGAAUACAAUACAUCAACUUGUACCUAAACGCUAGUCGGUACGUUACGGUUGAUUAUCCACAUAUUGGGAUCAUUGACCCUCGUACUGGGGAGUUGUUGAAGAGUUGGAGUCGGGUUCCCGAUAAGAAUGAGUUUUUGAUGCAAUUGCAUGAGUUCUUAGAAAGGUAUUCAUUGGAUCCUUCCGUCAAGAUGCCAGUACAACAAAAGCCGAAGGAGAAGUCCCGUGGUGUGGAACAUAUGACCGAGGAGGAAAUGAUGCAAUUGGCAUUACAGCAGAGUUUGGGGGUCGGAGCUACAGAAGGAGAAAACGAAGAGUCAGAAGAUCCAGAUCUGUUGACUAGAAAGGAAGGGAAGCAGAAGGCUGCGGGUGAAGGUGAUUUAAUCAACUUGGAUGAGGAUAUCGCAGACGCUCCUCCAGCUGCCCCCGCGCCAGCUGAGCCGAGCGCAGCAGAACCCGUCUCGGUAUUUGCUUCGAUAGCGAAGAACAAGCAUCACUCUGAGCCCCCAGCGGGUGCGCCGGCAGUGACGAGAGUUCAAUUCAGGCUUCCAGAUGGAGCGAGAGUUGUUAGACGGUUCACCCUUGCAGACAGCGUUGAACGGAUCUUCGAGUACGUCAAAGCCGAUUUACUGCCCGAACAGGCAACGAAAACUGGUGAUGAAGGAUUGGCGGAUAAAGAAUUUGAGUUGAAAUGUCUGGGAAAGAAUCUUAUUGAUCAUCUAGAUGCGUCGAUUGAAGAAGCUGGGUUGAAAAUGGCAACUAUCAUGGUUGAUAUUGAAAGCUGA